AUGGCGGAAAUGCAAGCAUGGCAAGUCGCCCAUCCAGGCCCAAUGGAAAAAGUCUUCCGCCUCACCACGAUCCCCAAACCAACAACCCUCAAGCCCGGCCAGAUCCUCGUCAAAGUCUCCCGCGCAGCCCUCAACCCCGCCGACUACAAAGUCUGCGAGCUCGGCGUCGCAUCGCGCCUGAUAACAUCCUUCCCCAAGAUCCCAGGCAUGGAUCUCAGCGGCCACGUUGUCUCCGUCGCACAAGACGUGACUGAUGCGAAAGAAGGCGAUUUCGUGCUCGCUAGAGCGUCGCCGACUAAGGUUUGGGGCUCGCUGGCGGAGUAUACGGUCUGCGAUAGGGAGGGGUAUACGAUUAUCCCGGAGAGCUUGGAUCUGGACCAGGCUGCUGGUGUGGGCACCGCCGGGUUGACGGCGUAUCAGACUAUUGCGCCGUAUGUCAAGAGUGGUGAUAAGGUGUUUUUGAAUGGUGGUUCGGGCGGUGUUGGACUCUGGGGCAUUCAGAUUGCUAAGGCGCUGGGAUGCUCUGUUACCGUGUCGUGUUCAACUGGAAAAGCAGAUCUGUGCAGAAGCUUGGGAGCGGAUGAUAUCAUUGACUACAAGACUAGCGAUGUCAUCGCUGAGCUCAAGAAGCGCGGCCAAGUCUUUAGCCACUGCGUCGACAACGUGGGUGACGCACCGCCCAAUCUCUACGCUUCAUCAAACGACUUCCUCCUCCCCGGCAGCAGCUUUGUCUUCGUGGGCGGUCACGUCUCAGCCAAGAGUGUCCUCAGCUUGACGACAAACCUGGUGCGACCUUCGUUUCUGGGCGGUGUAAAGGCAAAGUUCGCCACGUAUGCCACUGCAAAUAAGAAGAAGGAUCUGGAUCAGCUGAGGGAUUGGCUCGUUGAGGGCAAAGUCAAGACUGUGAUUGACUCGACGUUUGGGUUCAAGGAGGCGGACAAGGCUUUUGAGCAUUUGAAGAAGGGGUCUAGUGGUGGCAAGGUUGUGAUUCAUGUUGAGUAA